UUCUUCUCUCAAGCCCGACUGGUCCCCGUAUGUCUCUCGUUUAAUCCUCGCCUGCUCGUCUUGUGACGGGCCUGGGAGAAAGCCUAUACUUAUGAGCUACAAAUAUUAUGCACUUGUAGACUUGAGGUCGAGAUAUUAUCCAAUAAGUUUCAAAAAAACGUUGCAUUUCCUCAAACCGGGCGUGGCUAUUACUAUCCGGAUAGUAAUGGGGGAUACUCAGGAAGUGAUUCGAACCCAGUGGUGAAUUUUGCCUUUCUAUUCUCUUCAAGGGGUCCUCAGUACUAACAUAAGGCGCAAACAGCAGGUUUCACCAGUUCCUGGACGCCCCUUACAGCACCACCGCUCUCGCGCUCAGUCCUAUGCCUCUAGAAUGUCCGCUCUUGCCCGUAGAAACGCUCGCAGCUUAUCUUCUCAUCCAGUCCCUACUUAUGGCCAGUCUACGGAAACGCGGUACUACGAGGCACCCUCCCGCGAGUCUCUGCUUUGGAAAGUCGAUCCUGCCGCAGAGCAGACGGAGAGUAUGGACAGAAUUUCGGGAAGCACAUUCCCCAACACCAGAAGAUACAUGCCCAACGCUCUCACCUCGAGAUACACAUCUCAUGACUUUGGCCAAGAACCUUCGCCCUUGGAGGAUUUCAGGCCUCUCCAACCUGAUUUUGAAUUCGGUAGUCAUGUUGGUCACUUCAAUCAAAUGACUCCAGAAAGUGCUUUGGGGGGCAAUGCUGGUCACUUCAAUCAAAUGACUCCAGAAAGUGCUUCGGGGGGCAAUGCGGAAAGCGGUCAUAUCAACUAUCAUCCCUCCGCCAUCCUUGGUGGAAAUAUUCCAACCUCUACGAUGACGAUGAACCCUGGUUUGAUAUAUCCCUCGGAUACUGGACAUCCGCAACACGGGGCCUCGCAACAACCAAGCUGGACUGAACAUCCCACUUCGGAUAGGUCACUGCUUGACGAUCAAUUCACAACGGCGAGCAGUUCAUCUUACCCUUAUCCCAUGUCCGCAAUGGAAGGAGAGAUGACUGGGGAACCCGAUCCGAGCACAACGCUGUCAGGUGCUCCGGCUUACGAUAUGACAAUCCACUCAUAUGGCCUGAAUCCCGGAUACCAAUACAGUAGUGGCCCAUCUGAUCACAGCGUGCCAACGAAUCCCCAGCGGACUUAUCACGCUCAUUUCGAUUCCCCGAUCGAAGGCAGCGAGCUUGACAAUUCUCAGCUGUUUGCUUCACAGCCCGCGUCUACAUUCAAUGACCACCCGCAUGGUACCAGGAAAUGAUGUCGAUUCAUCUAUGGGAGUUGUCCCUUUUUGUCAUUGGCUCUCUACUUCUUUGAGCGCGAAUGUUAAUCUGACUGGGACAUUUAUUAGUAUGUUAGUAGUACAAUUUUAAUCCAACGUACCUUUUCGUCUAUGGCCAUUGCGGUACAUCCGUUCAUGAUG